CCUCGGACGGCUAACGCCUUAUGGUGAAAGGAUGUGCAAAAUAAUCCCUAACAAGUUUAAUAAUACAUUAAAAAAAAAUAUAAUAUAAUUAAAAAGCUAUGAACAUUUCAUUAAUCAAUAAUAUUUAGCCUUAUUUUUUGUGUAAAUAAUACUAAAAAGUUACCUACCAUUGCGUAAUAUUUUAUUGACUUUGUUGAGUGAAUUCUGAGAUCAUCAAAAUGGUUUCUCUAUAACUAGAUUCUAGAAUCUAUAACAACACUCUUUAUACUGGCAUGUCUAAUAAUCAUAUUUCGCUACUAUUGUCAUAAUUGUGUUAACCCUAACCCUAGGACGAAGUGCAUAACAAUCCCGACAGUGCAAAUUUAAUUAUGGGGUUUCACAUAUUAUUGUAGUGAUUAAUUAGAUAAAGUCUAUUUUAGAUAACUAGUCCAGUCUAGCUAGAUCAUAAUAAUCAUAUGAUAGUGAUAGACAUAGUAAAGUAUUCAUACUGUUACAUACUACUACUAGAUAGUAGAUGAUUAUUAUUAUGACUUAAAGACUUAGACUGACAGUCUAAUUACUGAAAAUUGUAUUUUACCAUUGAGUCCAUUGUCACAGUGUAGACUGUAGUGUGUUGUUCAUCAUGGGAAACUGUUUUGCUGGACCUCAUUCAGAUCCAGCUACGAAUCCUGUGGAAAUUUCACCAACUCAUAGAAUAGAUUCGAAUGGUAUAGUAACAAAAACUACAAGUGCAGCAGCUUCUAACACAAAUAACUCUCAGGGUAGCCCAUCACCAUCAAAUCAAUCGCCACAGCAUAAAGUUGAAACCAAUGUGGAUGUUAUACACACUGGACCUCUAAAGGUUUUUGUGGCUUUGUAUGAUUAUGAUGCUCGAACAGACGAAGACUUGUCUUUCAGAAAAGGAGAACAUUUAGAAAUAAUAAAUGAUACACAAGGAGACUGGUGGUUUGCAAGAUCAAAGACUACCAAAAAAGAAGGUUAUAUACCCUCUAAUUAUGUGGCGAAACUAAAAAGUCUUGAGUCUGAAGCCUGGUAUUUUGGUAAAAUCAAAAGAGUUGAAGCAGAGAAAAAACUGCUUUCACCAGAAAAUGAACAUGGUGCAUUUUUGAUUCGUGACAGUGAAAGUCGUAGAAAUGAUUAUUCAUUAUCAGUGCGGGAUGGUGACACAGUGAAGCAUUAUAGAAUUCGUCAGCUAGAUGAAGGAGGCUUUUUUAUUGCAAGGCGGAUAACAUUCCGUGCUCUGUCAGAUUUGGUGGAUCACUACAGUGCUGAUUCUGAUGGCUUAUGUGUCAAUCUUAGAAAACCAUGUUCUCAGAUUGAAAAACCACAAACAGUUGGCCUAUCAUACAACACAAAAGAUCAAUGGGAAAUUCCUAAGAGCUCACUUAAACUGAUCAGAAAAAUUGGACAUGGUCAGUUUGGUGAGGUCUGGGAAGGUUUAUGGAACAAUACAACACCAGUUGCAAUCAAGACUUUAAAACCAGGCACCAUGGAUCCUAAAGAUUUCUUGGCUGAAGCUCAAAUAAUGAAAAAGUUGCGCCAUGCAAAACUGAUACAGUUGUAUGCAGUCUGUACACAAGAUGAACCUAUCUAUAUUAUUACAGAAUUAAUGAAAAAUGGCAGCUUGUUAGAAUAUUUACAAGGUAAAGGACGCUUACUGAAGCUACCCAACUUGAUUGAUGUUGGAGCACAGAUUGCUUGUGGCAUGGCAUACCUUGAAUCACAAAAUUACAUCCAUAGAGAUUUGGCAGCUAGAAAUAUACUUGUGGGUGAUAGCAACAAUGUCAAAAUAGCAGAUUUUGGCUUGGCUAGAGUGAUUAAGGAGGAUGAGUAUGAAGCCAGAGUAGGUGCAAGAUUUCCUAUCAAGUGGACAGCCCCUGAAGCUGCCAACUUCAACAGGUUCACCAUUAAAUCUGACGUUUGGUCUUUUGGUAUUUUGCUGACUGAAAUCGUUACAUAUGGACGUGUACCUUAUCCAGGUAUGACUAAUGCUGAAGUGCUGCACCAGGUGGAACAUGGCUACCGCAUGCCCUGCCCACAAGGUUGUCCCAAAGCACUUUAUGAGAUAAUGCUUGAUUGUUGGCGUAAAGAAGAAAUUGAAAGACCAACAUUUGAAACUCUUCAGUGGAAAUUGGAAGAGUUUUUCUCAAUGGAUCCUAAAGAGUACAGAGAAGCUUCAUUUGUGAGAUAAACUCAUAUUAGCAGUCUAGUCAUUUUACUUCAAACUUGAGACAUUGAGCCAUGACUGUCUGUGAAUGCUGAGAUACAGAAUGCUCAUUUUUAUAUUGAGACAUAGCUAUUUAUAUAAUUCAAGUCAAUUAUUUUUGCUGGGGUAAACAGCUGUUGACUUAAAAAAUGUAUUGGAGAUAUGUAUGCAAAUAUAAAAAUCAUUUUUUGUUUGCUGCAUAGAGAUUGGCUCAGCUUGUGUGAUAGCUACAUGUAGCUUUACUUAGUAGUAUGGUAGUAUUUUGUGUGUGUGUACAUUUUUGCUUCAUUCUGUAUGUUUAUUAAUCAAAUUUCAAAAAAGAAAAAAUGUGGACCUCUUAAAGGAUUUCUGAUAAGAAGGGGAGGGGAACAUGUUUUGUUGAUAGACAUUCUCAUUAUACAUUAAAAAAAAUAAACAUAAUCUUGACAAAGAGAAAGGUGAGAUAGAACAUACUUUGUAAAAUAUUUGUGCCACAAAGUUAAUGGUAUGUCAGUUUCCAGUGGGGAAGAAGAUUUAGUAACUAUUCAGUCAAUAAGAGAAUUUGAUUUCUGUUAUCAAUCACAUUGAAUAGUGGAGUUAAUCUUAUCCAUUUUUUAAAUUUAUUUUAAUAUAAAAUUUUUUAAGAUAAAAAAACAAAACAAAUUCAAAUGCUAGUUUUUAUUAGAAUUGAAUAUUUUGUAGAACUGCACUUGAAAAUGUGUUAUGAAAUUUGCAGUACACUAAAAGCAGCUAGUUUUAUUCACAAACUGUACUUUAAUCUGUUCAUAUGUACAGUUAUAUUGUUUGCUUGUUAUGAAUAGUACAAAUAUGAUCAUUCUAAAUGAAUGGGUAAAUUUUGUAUGAAACUUUUUUUUUUUUUUUUUUUUUUUUUUUUUUUUUUUUUUAGUCCUUUUUGUUAAUGGUACAUAAUAUAUUUAUGUAACUAACUGUUUUAAACUAUGGAAGUGAAUGCAGCCAUUAUUGCAAAAUAUUGUAAACAGUGUUUUAGUGAGAGGUAUUCAUCACAUAUGCUUAUUGUAAACUUGAUCCUUGGUUUUGUUUUGUCAGGGUUGUUGUCUAGAAAUAUUCAAUGCUGUUCAGCUAUUUUAGAUUUGUGUACAGAUGUGCUCACAUUUAAUGUGCUUUUGUUUUGCGGUUUUACUUUUAAGAAUAACUAUAGAGAUAUUUUUUUUUGUUUUUGUUUUUUGCUUUUUGAUAAUUAUAUAUGGUUUCAAUAUUACACUAUACUUUUUAUACAUAUAUAAAUAAUCUUUACAAUUUGUACAUAUGUUUAUAAUUUUGAUAAACUGAAAUAAGUUUAUAGUUGUGACCAUUGAUUGAUUCAUGUACCCAAGAUUUUAACUUGUCAGUUUAAGGAUAUGAGGUAGCUGUGAGUUAAAGUAAACUAGGUAGCAAUGUUUGGCUGUUUAGCUUACAUUAACUUAGGCUGAUGUCAUUUACCACUUCAAACUAACACUUUCACAUUUUAUCAACUUGGUGCUUUAUUGUAGUUUUGUUAGAAGAAGGACUUGUGCAUGAUCUUAGUUCUAAGAUCUAUUCACUCAUAGCCAACACAUUCCUACUAAGUAAAUCAAACUCAUAGCAUUGACAGAUUUAAAUGUGUGUGUGGCAACAUAACUUCUGUGACAGAAACAUUACUCAUCUGUACAUGUCUGCUUUGAAGUGUUCCAAUGUUUUCUGAAUGACUGUGUUGCUGAUUUCCCCCUUCUCCCUUUUUUCCAUUGUAUGUUCUCUUGUUGUUUCAAAAGUAUUGGUGUGGCUUUGUUCAGUGUUAUGUGUUUUAUCUAUACAGUUUUUUUUUUCUAACAACAUAAAUGUCAAUUGGAGACUUGACUUACUAUCUGCAGUCUUUACAUCUUACUUACAACUUCAAUUCAAUGCUGUUCAGCUUACACUUAAAGCAUACAUAAGACAGUAGCAAAGCCAAGUGGAUGGCCGCCUUGUUGUGAUGUGUGUGCUUUCUAUUGACAUCUUGAUGGUCCUGGGCUUAAACCCUGCCCACUGCCAUCCCCCACCAUCCUUUGAGAGGUUUGGGCUAGGAUGAAAUAUUUAAUUCUAAAGGGACAUGUAAAACAAACAAUGAAAGCCCAAAAAAAUGUUUUUUUUUUAUUUUUAAUAUGUAAAAUGCAAAAUGUAGUGCUAGACCUAUAUAAAAAUAAAAUGAAAUUGUGUGGUUUGUCAGAAUUUUAUUGAUACAAGUCUCUAAAAUCUUGUUUUCAUUCAGAAUUGAUAUUUGUUCUGUUCAAGAUAAAAACUCCAACAUUAGUUUUGACCUAAUUAAUCCAUUUCUAAAUGUUUUCAACACCACCAUGCUAACUAUAAUUGAUGUAAGUUUAUGUCAUCAAUUUACAAGAUUGUACUGUGAGCUUCUAGAUCAUUCCUAUGAGUAUAUUCACAUAUUUCUAAGGGAUUAUGUUUCACUAUGAAUGUAUGCAUGUGUUACUAUUUCAUGUCAAAUUUGUAUUUGUUCAUUGGUUAGGCUGAAAAGGCUCCCCCUUUCCCUUCUUGCCAAGGGAGUUAGCUUUAUCCAAGUAUGUGUAGGUAUUUCCUUGAAGAGGACAUAUGUGGCUCUGUGCAAAUAGAACUGUCCUGACAAAAAGAAAUACUUGUUGACUAAUCAGAAUGUCAGAGCAAAGUUGUCAAAGACAUACUUUUAACAUUUAAUAAUCUUGUCUUACAAACAAACAAUGUUUCUAUGAAAUGUAUGUGAAAUGUCUCUUCUAUGUACAUUUGUACUUAUUUAUUUCCUACAGUACAGGCGUUGUAAAUAAUUUAAGAGAAAAUCAUUUUUGUAAUAACUAGCAGUCUCGAAAGAGACCUGUGUCUGUACUGAUAGAGAAACUAGACUUGUAUUUUCCUUUGCUAGCUAUCUUUUAGCAUUUUAUGUUGAUUUGUAUGCUAACAAAUAUACAUUUCAAUCGUUGAUAAGAUCCUGCUCUCAUUUCUGGUCAUUGAUUUUAGUUAGGAGUUGAUUGAUCUGCCUUUAGCUAAAAAGUCAGGCUAAGAUGGCCUAGUCUUGACAAAAAGUGGGUUGGAUAUGUUCAUACAACUGGUUAACUAGCUCCACCAUUCUGUUUCAAAGAAGUUAUUCUUUUUAAAAUGGAAUUUUGUGACUGGUGUUACUUACAAUGAAGUCUGACUUGACAUUUAACUUCUCUCCAGAGAUGUUCUUCAAUUUUGGUGUCGACUAUUGAAACAAAAUCUUUCAUCUGUUAAGGUCUAAAUUCUAUUUUAAUGUUAUGUAGCAUACCAUGUAAUGUGUUGGCAAUUCUAGCACUGCAAGUAAACAGUGACAUAGAUUCUCUUUUAACAUUGAUAAUGUACACUGAACUAUUAGCUAACUGAGAAUUAUUUGCUCUCCUUUUCAGUACAAAAUACAUCUCACCAGCUCCCUUUGAACUAAAAAUAUUUAACAGUUGUUCCCCUUCAAACCUUUGGGACCUUAGGGCACUUGAUGUAAAAACUCAGCUGAUUCUAUGAACUAAAAUUAACAAGUGUGUCAUGUGGCCAGGACAACCACCAUUGUUGCCUUCUCAAACUAAUGUCAUGUACCCAUUAGAGUUGGGUUGGUUUAGGGACCAAUAAGUGUUUGAAACUGUCCUCUGCAGUUAACCAUACAUGUCAGGGUAUCUGGUUUAAAAUUUGUUUGGCUAAUGUAAUAGAGUAACAGGAUUUAUGACAUAAUUAAAGUUAUAGUUAACCUGAAGCUGUUCAGUCCACAUAGAUUUUCCUUACAUCUCUCUGCAUCAUAGAUUUUUCUGGUCUCUCUGCAUCAGCAGUCUCUUAGAGCACCAUUGAAUGCUACCAUCUUAUCAAUGAUGUCCUGCCAAAGUGUGCAAUAUUUCCAAUGGUGAUUGAGUUCAUGAUUGGUGUGUGUGUGUUUAAUUCCCUUCAGCUGUUGGCUUGGACUUUAUCUCCCCUGACCUGCUCUAGUGUGUGCCAUAGGUAGCAUGUUGGUUCAAAGUUUUCUCUCUUUUUUUUUAUAUAUAUAUUAAAUGUCAUCUACUGCAAAAAAUAUUUUGUAGUUUUUGUUAUUUUUUUAGUAUGAAAUAUUCUGUGUUCUAUUGAGCAUAACAUUUUUUUUUAAAUUUUAAAAUAAACAUCUCCUCAGUUCAUAUGAAUGAACUAACAUUUUAAUAACUUGAACAAAGCUCUUUCUUAAAACAAAACUUACUGUAACUUUUAUUAAUAUUGUAUAAAGAUUCAACUUGAGAUCUAGAUCUAGUAGUAACAAAAUGAAAUUAUAAGAAAACAAAAUCUCACUGUAAAUAAACGUCUUUACUGUCUUACAUCUCUGAUUGGUCUCUCCCAGACUAUGACAGACCAGCUCCUGGUUUCACCAUUCUACACUACCAAAAAACAAACUAUGACAGACCAGCUCCUGGUUUCACCAUUCUACACUACCAAACUAUGACAGACCAGCUCCUGGUUUCACCAUUCUACACUACCAAACUAUGACAGACCAGCUCCUGGUUUCACCAUUCUACACUACCAAAAAACAAACUAUGACAGACCAGCUCCUGGUUUCACCAUUCUACACUACCAAACUAUGACAGACCAGCUCCUGGUUUCACCAUUCUACACUACCAAACUAUGACAGACCAGCUCCUGGUUUCACCAUUCUACACUACCAAAAAACAAACUAUGACAGACCAGCUCCUGGUUUCACCAUUCUACACUACCAAA